AUGAAGCUUCAGUUACUCUUUCUUACAUUCACUCUUGGGGUGAUAAUGGCCAAAAGUCUUGGCGACAAACUCAAGAAAGAAUCUGUCGUCGACUGGGAGACAUCUUACGGAUACCCACAGUACAACCCGGGUUUCUAUUUUGGUUUUCCAAAUUUCUGGAACCAGCCAAUGUACUCUAGAAGUCUCAUUUACGAUCCAUACCAAACUUUUGGUUUCCCUGAAACAUGGAGUUCGUGGUAUGAGUCUUAA